AUGCCGUCCCACCCGCCCCAGCUGGGCAGCCUCGCGAUACAGGCCCCCUCCCAGGCCCCCCGCACCGUGCACGUCUCCCCGGCGACGUGCCACGACAUCUCCGCCUUCAAGGAGCUCAUGGUCCAGUACCGGCGGCUGGACGACACGAUCACCAUGCGCCUGAACCGCACCACGGCGCAGUACCGCGACCGGGAGCGCGCCGGGCAGCCGGGCAGGGGCGGCGACGCGGAGGCACAGGCGUGCGCCCACGUGUGGAGGGAGCUCGUCGCCAAUUGGGCCCGCCGGCAGGAGAUCGUCCGCUAUUGCACUGCGGUCGUCGAGGAGGACGCCGUGGCGGCCGCGUCGCUCGCAGCCGCCGGAGACGACGCCGCGGCGCAGCGGAGGGCGAGAGGCGCGCGGUACGCGGAGGAGGUCAAGCGCAACCAGAUCCGGAACGAGCUCGCGGUGGAGGACAUCGUGCGCAGACGAGCGGCAGACGCGUUCCGGGCGCGCUGCAGAUACUUCGAACCGCCGACCACGGAUGCUGAAGGCCGCAAGUGGUGGGAAGCGCGGUGA